CUUGGUUCGGUUGUAUUUCAUUUGAAAUAUAUUGGGCAUGGUCAGGACAUGACAUUAAGUUUUUAUCAAGAGCUUGUUUAUUUGUGUCGACUGCGUAGGGUUUUGAUUGAAGACACGUCACAUUAAUAUUUGAAUAUCUAUGACUGAAAAAAAGAUUUCAAUGGCAGACAGCAUUUUAGACAACCUCGAAGAAUCUCUGCGUGCAAAAUUUGAAUGUCCCGUUUGCUUUAAAUACAUGAUUCCACCGAUCAGACUUUGCCUAUCUGGACACAGUUAUUGUGAUUACUGCUUUGACAAAAUAAAGAAAUGCGCCCUUUGCAGAGCCAACAAAAGUCCCUACAGAUGUGUCAUGUUGGAGCAGAUACACGCAAGUUUGACAUUCCCUUGUAAAUAUGCGGAGUUGGGAUGCAAGUUCUCAGGAAAAGGAGACCUGAUGACAACACAUCAAGAAUAUUGUGAAUUUUCCUCGGUACACUGUCCUUUGAGGUUUAACAGUUGUCAGUGGAAAGGAAUAAGAGAUAAGAUGAUCUCACAUUGCAAGGACAUCCAUGCCGGCAACAUAUUUUCCGUCAGCAGACAGAAGUUAAAAGUUACGAACUUUUCCGAACUGAUUGACAGAAACUAUUAUAUAAUUUUUAAUAUCUUCGAUAAUAUAUUUAGAUGUAACUGGGAUAUCGAACAAGAAACCGGGAUAAUGAGAUUUGCCGUUUAUUCCUUAGGGAAGCCGUGCACCGAUAAAUUAUUCUCUUUUAAAAUUUCUAUUUUGUAUGAAAAUACGAAUAUAGAAAUUAUUAGUUUGACAGGUCCUUGUUUUCAUAUGAGAGACGAUAAUUUGAGAUUUAUCGAAAAAAAAUAUUUAUCGGCUAAUCAUAAUAUGAUUAAGGAGUUCUGUGACUCGAAUGGA